UUCCACGCGUUCUGUUCUAUGUUCCCCAGAUAUCCGAAAAACUGUUUUGGUUUGAUUUCAUUUCCGAAUACGUCAUUCACCACUGUGAGUCUGUAACUGUUCUGUUCAUCCCUAUUGGAUUUUCAGCCACAUUCUUCUUAUUCCCGAAUAUACACCCAAAUUCCACUUUCCUAUCCUAGGGUCACCAUCACCUUGAGAGCCAAAUUGCUCGUGUUCCCAUUACGUGGCAGGAACUGGUGCUUCUCCAGAACCAUCGAUCAUUCUCUUCUACAGAGUAAUCUGCGUUUGAAAAUUUUGCUGCGUUUGGACUGGUGCUUCUCCAUCACCAUCGAUCAUUGCUUGUGUAUAAAUUUUGUUGUUGUUAUGUUCUCUACUUUAAUUCUACUACAGAGUAAUCUGCGUUUGAAAAUUUUAUGUGGAAACAUGAUGUGAAUGAAGAAGAAGGAAAGUUAGCGCUAUGGAUAGUUUUGCUUUUUUUUUUCAACCUUGUAUAUCGAUAACAUUAACAAUAUAUAUUUUCAGUUUGAAUGCUCUAACUUGUUCGUCGAAGACUAAGACAUAUUGCUAUGAGAUUUUACCUUUGCCUAAUGUCCCGUCCUUCUGUGUUUUAUUUAGCACUUAUUCUCAUUGGAGAGUCCUACAUGUUCGUUCUAUUGCUAACGCUGUCACAAACAAGGACUUUCUACUGUUCAUGUCUUUAUCAACUUUUCUAAUUGGAAGUGAGAAGCUGUUUCAGCUAGUCUCAGAUAGCAGCAAGACUUCAAGUCAAAGCCAUGAACUGUGUUGGGUGUUGAGGCCAUCCAAAGAACUAGAGAAUCUUGUCCCUCUAGAAGAUGAUCAAGAUGGUCUUAGUCAACAUGCCAUCGUAGACAUUUGCAAGAUCUAUGACUUGAACACCAAAGAUGUUAUAAAAUACGAGAAGUAUAUUUUUUGAAUCAGUUUUGUAAUGCAAAAAGUUGCAUUGGAAUCUUCGUAAAUGUUAACUCAUAUUUUUUUGUUGAUAUUAACUGAUUUAUCAAUUUAUGCUACCUUUUGAA